AUGCUCAAGUUUUUCAUCCUGUGCACGUUAGCUGUAGCCAGUCGGGCUGAGAUUCCCGAGGAAGACGACGUUCUGGUACUGAAGAAGAGUAACUUUGACGAGGCUCUCUCGGCGCACCCUAACAUCCUGGUAGAAUUCUAUGCCCCAUGGUGCGGUCACUGCAAGGCCCUGGCUCCAGAGUAUGCCAAGGCUGCUGGUAUGCUGAAGGCAGAAGGUUCAGAUAUCCGCCUGGCUAAGGUUGACGCCACUGAAGAGACAGACCUAGCCCAAGAGUUUGGUGUCCGUGGAUACCCCACCAUCAAGUUCAUUAAGGGGGGAGACAAGGAAUCCCCCAGAGAGUACUCAGCUGGAAGGCAGGCAGAUGACUUUAUCAGCUGGCUCAAGAAACGCACAGGCCCCGCAGUUGCGCUGUUGGCUGACGUCACAGCUGCGCAGUCCUUAAUAGCUGACCAUGAAGUGGUGGUCAUUGGGUUCUUUAAGGAUGUGGAGUCUGCUGGAGCCAAGGCCUUUGAAAUGGCAGCUGAAGCAAUCGAAGAUGUUCCUUUCGGCAUUACCUCAGAUGAUGCCGUUUUUACCAAGUUUGAGGUCUCCCAAGAUGGCAUUGUUCUCUUUAAGAAGUUCGAUGAAGGACGUAACACUUUUGAUGGUGACCUUACCAAAGAAACUAUCCUGUCUUUUGUCAAAGCCAACCAGCUGCCUCUGGUCAUUGAAUUCACUGAGCAGACUGCCCCUAAAAUCUUUGGGGGUGAGAUCAAGUCCCACAUUCUUAUGUUUCUGCCAAAAGCAGCCUCAGACUUCCAGGAAAAAAUGGACCAAUUUAAAAAAGCCGCCGAGUCAUUCAAAGGACAGAUCCUCUUCAUUUUCAUCGACAGCGAGGUGGAUGACAACCAGCGCAUCUUGGAGUUCUUUGGCCUAAAGAAAGAGGAGUGCCCAGCCAUCCGCCUCAUCACCCUGGAGGAUGAGAUGACUAAGUACAAACCAGAGAGCGACACCAUCACUGCAGAGGCCAUUGUUGGAUUUUGCACACAAUUUAAAGAAGGCAAACUGAAGCCUCACCUGAUGAGCCAAGAAAUCCCCAAAGACUGGGACCAAACACCUGUCAAGGUUCUGGUUGGCAAGAAUUUUGAGGAGGUCGCCUUUGAUCCCAAGAAGAACGUCUUUGUUGAAUUCUAUGCCCCUUGGUGUGGCCACUGCAAGCAGCUGAAUCCUAUCUGGGAAAAGCUGGGUGAGAAGUACAAGGACCAUGCUGACAUCCUUGUGGCCAAGAUGGAUUCUACAGCUAAUGAGGUGGAGGCCGUCAAAGUCCAUAGCUUCCCUACCCUGAAGUUCUUCCCUGCAGGAGAAGAACGCAAGGUGAUUGACUACAAUGGGGAGAGAACACUAGAAGGCCUGAGCAAGUUCUUGGAGAGUGGCGGUACAGAGGGAGGAGCACCUGCUGGCGACGACGAUGAUGAUGGCGAUGAGGAAGACUUUGAUCCUGAGGACUUGGAGGACUUGGAGGAUACGGAUGACGAAGACUCAGACAGCAAGGAAAAAACAGUGUCCUUCUACUGA